AUGGGUUCCCUCCACAUCAAAGCAAUUUUCCUUCUCCUGGCAAUAGCCAUAACUCCCUCUACUGCCUGGACUGUACGUAUUCUAAAUCGACUGAGCCACAAGAAGGUGUUGUUUGCGCACUGCAGGUCUGGGGACGACGAUCUUGGCCCCCGGUAUAUCAAGCACAGGGAUGAAUUCAAGUUUAGUUUCGGGGUAAACUUGUUCAGGACCACAUUAUUCUGGUGCUACAUGUCGAAGGACAGAAAAUCUCAAGCUUCCUUCGACGUGUUCUGGCCGAGUGGGGAUGCCAAGAAGCAUGGCGGCAUUGAUCAUCUGUCCACCUGGACUGUGAACGAGAAAGCCGUCUGGGUAAUAAGAGAUGAUGGGAUUUAUUUAAAGAUAAGAGAUCCCGGGGGGGAUGCAUUUAAAAACGACUACAUUGAUGAAAUUCUGUAUCUUAGAUGGCAAUCAAAGAGGUAA